AUUUUUUAGAUAGAAAGGAAAAAAUAUCAUCUGCUGUAUACAAGUGGUGGUUAGAGAGUUGCACAAAAUCAGAUCCAAAUUGUCAGCCAUGAGAGCUCUUCAAGCUUCGACUUCCUACAGCGCCGGCCUAGGCAUUUCCUCUGUCGCUGCUCCGCCGUCGCGUCCGCGUCGCCGCCUUGGCGCAGUCGCUAAAGUUGAGCCGACGGAGAAAUCGAUCGAAAUAAUGAGGAAAUUCUCGGAGCAGUAUGCGAGGAAGUCCGAUACAUAUUUCUGUGUCGAUAAAGGGGUCACCUCUGUUGUCAUCAAGGGACUGGCAGAACACAGGGAUACAUUGGGUGCUCCUCUGUGCCCUUGCAGGCACUAUGAUGAUAAGGCUGCUGAGGCACAACAGGGCUUUUGGAACUGUCCUUGCGUUCCUAUGAGAGAAAGGAGCAGGCCAUCACGAUGGAAGAGAUCCGAGAAACAACAGCAAACAUGUAACACUAUCUUCCUGUAUUCAAAUACACCUGUCUUCAGUAGGUACAAAUCAAUGUAUGUAAAUCUGUAUCAUCAUUACAAAUAUGGUAUGCGUUUUUACUCCCAAUGACUUGAUACGACCCAUGAUGUGAAAAUUUCCGUGUUGUCGAUUUGCUCGAUCACCGAGUUGGCUGGAAACACCAGAAUUCUUGUAUCUGGAGUUGUUUCAUAGCAGUCUACUUGGUGGGUGGGUGUGUUAUGUCUAUUUGUGCUAUCAUCAUGCAGGUUGAGAAGAGUUUGUAAAUUUUGAAAUUUUAUUCAUUCAUUCAAUGAUCCAGAAA